AAGAAGAAGAAGACAGUGCAAACGUCGCCGUAAUGUCCGCAAAAUAAAUAAUUUUUUGAAUUAAAACCUUGUUUCGGUAUUAAAUCGAGUUAAUUUAUAACACCGACGAUGGGAGUACCAGCAUUCUUCAGAUGGCUGAGCCGCAAAUAUCCUUCUGUUAUUGUGCAUUGCGUCGAACAAAAAGCAAUUGAUGUAAAUGGCGUUAAGAUACCAACAGAUUCGUCAGAGCCCAAUCCCAAUGGGGUUGAGUUUGACAAUCUAUAUUUGGAUAUGAACGGAAUUAUUCAUCCCUGUACUCAUCCGGAGGACAGACCAGCCCCCAAAAACGAAGAUGAGAUGAUGAUUGCUAUUUUCGAAUGCAUUGACAGGUUAUUUAACAUUGUAAGACCCAGGAAAGUUCUCUACAUGGCUAUCGAUGGUGUUGCACCCAGAGCAAAGAUGAACCAACAAAGAUCGAGACGUUUUAGAGCCUCCAAAGAAGUUGUUGAGAAAAUAAAUGAAAUUAAACGCAUUAGGGCAGAAUUAUUGCUUAAAGGUUGCGAGUUGCCACCUGAAAAACCAAAGGAGGAACAUUUUGAUUCUAACUGUAUCACACCUGGAACACCAUUUAUGGCUAGACUGUCGGACUGUCUUCAUUAUUAUAUCCACGAGAGAUUAAAUAAUAACCCUGGGUGGAAGGGCAUUAAAGUAAUUCUUUCUGAUGCCAAUGUUCCUGGAGAAGGGGAGCACAAAAUUAUGGAUUACAUUCGUAAACAAAGAGCACAACCCGAUCAUGAUCCUAACACCCAACAUGUACUGUGUGGUGCAGAUGCUGAUUUAAUUAUGUUGGGGUUGGCAACACAUGAGCCUCACUUCACUAUUAUCAGGGAGGAGUUUAAGCCUAAUAAGCCCAGGCCUUGCGAAAUUUGUGGACAAGUUGGCCACGAAAUGAAGGACUGCAUAGGCAACGCGAAAGCCGAAGAGGCAGGUCCGGACCAGGCGUUCAGCGCGGAAACCGACUUCAUAUUCGUGAGGCUGUGCGUGCUGAAGGAGUACCUGGAAAAGGAGCUGCAAAUGCCGAACUUGCCGUUCAAGUACGAGUUCGAGCGAGUGCUGGACGACUGGGUGUUCAUGUGCUUCUUCGUGGGCAACGAUUUUUUGCCGCACUUGCCUAGCCUGGAGAUCCGCGAGGGCGCAAUCGACAGACUGGUGCGACUUUACAAGGAUUGCGUCUACAAAACUGGGGGUUAUUUGACAGACAGUGGCGAUGUAAACCUGGAAAGGGUACAAAUGAUCAUGUUGGAGUUGGGGAAAGCUGAAGAUGAAAUUUUCAAGACGAGACAAGCCAAGGAAUUGCAAUUUAAAGCCAGAGACAAGGCGAAGAAAAGGAGAGAGGGUUACAAUCAGUUUAGACCCAACUGGAAUUUGGUUAAAGAUACACAAUUUGCUCCCCAAGCAGUUGGGCAGCAAAAAGCUCUUACAAAUGUGAGACAAGAAGCAUAUAAUAUGAGAAGGGCUGGUAUGCAUUCUCAGGUCGAAACCAAAUUACAAACAACCAAUAGUAAGUCUGCUUUGGAAUCAAUGUUUAGGCCAGCAGGUUCUUCAUCUGACGACGACCCUCGCGGUCAGAAAAGAAAAGCCGAAGACGUGGAAAAAGAAGAGGAAGACGAUCAAGCUCACGACGAAGUCCGACUUUGGGAGGACGGAGCCAAAGAUCGUUACUACGAAUCCAAAUUUGACGUCGGUGCUGAUAACUUAGAAUUUAGGUAUACUGUUGCCUUGCACUACGUAAGAGGCCUUUGCUGGGUGCUCAGGUAUUACUACCAAGGUUGUGCCUCAUGGAAAUGGUACUUCCCAUACCAUUACGCUCCUUUCGCCUCCGAUUUUGUUAAUAUUUCUGGGCUGAGUACCGAGUUUGAAUUAGACACCAAACCAUUCCGUCCUCUUGAACAGCUUAUGGGUGUGUUCCCGGCAGGAAGUAGCAAACAUGUCCCACAACCAUGGGCUAAGCUUAUGUCAGAUCCUGAUUCCACAAUAAUAGACUUUUACCCGGAAGACUUUAAAAUCGACUUGAACGGCAAGAAAUUCGCGUGGCAGGGCGUAGCAUUGCUUCCUUUUGUGGACGAAAUAAGGCUGUUCAAAGCGUUGGAGCCUUAUUACAAGGUACUGUCGGAACUCGAAAUAAAAAGGAACAUCCGCGGCGACGACAGACUUUACUUGUCCACCAAAAGCCCGGGGUACGGCACCCUUAAGGGUUUAUACCAGCAGGACGUGGAAUUUGACGCUGAAUGCGCGAUAAGCAUAGAAGGGAUGAGAGGGACUGUCUUGUUGGCUGAAGAAUGUGUCGACGAUGGAGGACAUUUGCAGUCGCCAGUCAAAGGUUUGGACCCCCUUACAGACAACGUGGUUUGCUGCGUUAGAUAUAGGGACCCCAAAUAUCCUGUGGGGUUCAUAUAUCCCGCCAAAAGGCUUAAGGGUGCCAAGGAUCCUCCCAGGGUCCUUAAACCUUCGGAUUUGGAACCACAACAGAACAGGAACUGGAGAUCUCAAGUCGGAAUGGCACCGGCAACACAAAGGGCUUAUAUGGGCCAGGCUGGUCAUAGAAUGCUAAACCACCAUACUCCUAAUAAUCAAUCUGGAGGUGGCCAAUAUUCAAAUGUGGCCCCACCUUCAUACAUGGACAGGAAUAAUCAUUACCAGCAAAGAGGUCAUAAUAAUCAAGGCUACAACCAAGGCGGGGGCGGUGGCGGUUAUAACCAGAACCGCGGUCAAAACUACGGCUACAGCAGUGGCGGCGGCAACAGUCAGCACAAUCAAGGCGGUUAUAACCAAAAUCGUGGUGGUUACAACCAACAACAAGGCGGUUAUAACAGAAACAACAGGGGCGGACACGACCAAAAUCAGAGGAGAGGUCCAGGACCGUACCGGGACAGGUACGAGGCCUCUAACAGGUAUGCUGCAAGGAGAUAAUUAAGGAAUAAUUUUAUAUAAGAUUUAAUAUCGGGGUUUAAAGCUAUAAAAUUUUAAUAUUUUUUUUAAAUUUUUAUAGCUUUGAACCCCUUACAUAACUAAUAAGAAAUUUAUGAGAGUCAAUACAUUAUGGCGCCGUUAAUAUAUUUUCUAUAGAAAAUAAAGUAAGUUGUUUUAGUGUUUUUCUACCUUAUUGAUUGAUUUAAAUACUUUUUAAUUUUAUAAGUUAAAAAUAAAUUAUAUGAC